AUGGACGGCGCCGCCUCCCCCGACGGCGCCGCGGCCGCCGUCACCUCGCCGGUCCCCCGGCCGCCGGGGGCCCCGGGCCCGUGGGAGGCGGUGGCCAUCGCCACGGUGAGCGCCGCCGUCAGCCUGGCCACCGUGGUGGGCAACGCGCUGGUGCUGAUGUCGUUCCGGGUCGACGGCCGGCUGAGGACCGUGGGCAACUACUACCUGCUGAGCCUGGCCUGCGCCGACCUCAUCAUCGGGCUCUUCUCCAUGAACCUGUACACCGCCUACGUCCUCAUGGGCCGCUGGGCGCUGGGCAGCCUGGCCUGUGACCUCUGGCUGGCCCUGGACUACGUGGCCAGCAACGCCUCGGUCAUGAGCCUGCUGGCCAUCAGCUUCGACCGCUACUUCUCCGUCACUCGGCCGCUGACGUACCGGGCCGGGCGCACCCCGCGGCAGGCGGGCCUCCUCAUCGGCCUGGCCUGGCUGGCCUCCUUCGUCCUGUGGGCCCCGGCCAUCCUGGGCUGGCCGCUCCUGGUCGGGGAGCGGACGGCGCCCGCCGGCGAGUGCCAGAUCCGGUUCCUCUCCGAGCCGGUCGUCACCUUCGGGACGGCCAUCGCCGCCUUCUACGUCCCCGCCGCCGUCAUGACCGUCCUGAACUGCCGCAUCUACCGGGAGACGCGGCGCCGGGCCGAGGAGCUGGCCCGCCUGCGGGCGGCCGAGUCGGGGGCCCCGGCCCGGCGGGUCGCCGGCGGCCGCCGGACGGUCGGGGUCGCGCCCGGCCCGGCGCCCCCGGACGUUCCCCGCGCCGGCCUCGGCCCCCGGGGGACCGAGCGGAAGCGGAUGGUCCCGGUGAGGGGGAGGAAGGCGGCCCGGACGCUGAGCGCCGUCCUGCUGGCUUUCAUCCUGACCUGGACGCCGUACAACAUCCUGGUGCUCGUGUCCGCCUUCUGCCUGCGCUGCACGCCCGCCUGGCUGUGGCACCUGGGCUACUGGCUGUGCUACGUCAACAGCGCCGUCAACCCCGUCUGCUACGCUCUGUGCAACAGGGGCUUCCGCCGGACCUUCCGCCUGCUGCUGCUGGGCCGCUGGGGGAGGCGGAGGAGGCCGCGGCGGGCCGAGGGUAGGCCGCACCCGCGGGGCGACGGCGGCGGCCUGCCGUGA